CUCGGUUGUGACUCUCUCUCCCGCGCUCCACGUCACUCGUUCGGUCGGCCCGAACUCUGGCUCAGCCAUGAACCGAUGUGCCGAAGCGGCGGCCGUGGCGGCCACGGUGCCCGGCGCGGGCGUCGGAGAUGCGGGGCUGCGGCCGCCCAUGGUGCCUCGCCAGGCGUCCUUCUUCCCGCCGCCGGUGCCCAACCCAUUCGUGCAGCAGACGCAGAUCGGCGUGGCGAGCAGGCUCCAGAUUUUCCUUCUUGGAAUUAUCCUGCUUCCAAUCCGCGCCAUACUGGUUGCAUUAAUUAUACUGCUGGCGUGGCCAUUUGCUGCAGUUUCAACAUCAUGCUGUCCUGAAAAACUCACCCACCCAGUAACAGGUUGGAGAAGGAAAGUUACUCACCCAGCUUUGAAGUUUCUGGGCCAUGCCAUGUUCUUCUCAAUGGGAUUUAUAAUUACAGUAAAAGGAAAGAUUGCAAGUCCUUUGGAAGCACCAAUUUUUGUUGUUGCCCCUCAUUCCACAUUCUUUGAUGGAGUUGCCUGUAUCAUUGCUGGGUUGCCAUCUAUGGUAUCACGUAAUGAGAACGCACAAGUGCCUCUGAUUGGCAGACUUUUAAGGGCUCUACAACCAGUGUUGGUCUCCCGUGUAGAUCCAGAUUCACGAAAAAACACAAUAAAUGAAAUAAUAAAGCGAGCAACCUCCAGAGGGGAAUGGCCCCAGAUACUAGUUUUCCCAGAAGGUACUUGUACGAAUCGUUCCUGUUUGAUUACUUUCAAACCAGGAGCCUUCAUUCCUGGAGUUCCAGUGCAGCCGAUACUCCUCAGAUACCCAAACAAGCUGGACACUGUGACCUGGACGUGGCAGGGAUAUACCUUCAUUCAGCUUUGCAUGCUCACCUUCUGCCAGCCCUUCACAAAGGUGGAAGUUGAGUUUUUGCCUGUUCAAGUCCCUAAUGAUGAAGAAAAGAGGGAUCCUGUCCUUUUUGCCAGUAGAGUGCGGAAUAUCAUGGCAGAUGCUCUGAGAAUACCAGUAACAGAUCACACCUAUGAAGAUUGUAGAUUGAUGAUUUCAGCAGGACAGCUAACAUUGCCUAUGGAAGCUGGGUUGGUGGAAUUUACUAAAAUUAGCCGGAAAUUGAAGUUAGAUUGGGAUGGAAUUCGUAAGCAUUUGGAUGAAUAUGCAUCUAUCGCCAGUUCCUCAAAAGGGGGAAGGAUUGGAAUUGAAGAAUUUGCGGAGUAUCUAAAAUUGCCGGUUUCAGAUGUCUUGAAACAACUUUUUGCACUCUUCGACAGGAACCACGAUGGCAGCAUUGACUUCCGCGAGUAUGUGAUUGGCCUGGCUGUGUUGUGCAACCCUGCCAACACAGAGGAAAUCAUCCAGGUGGCAUUUAAGCUCUUUGAUGUGGAUGAGGAUGGCUGCAUCACAGAGGAGGAGUUUUCCACCAUUCUGCAGGCUUCCCUUGGGGUGCCUGACCUGGAUGUUUCUGGACUCUUCAAGGAAAUAGCCCAAGGGGAUUCUAUUUCCUAUGAAGAAUUUAAAAGUUUUGCCCUAAAGCAUCCAGAAUAUGCUAAAAUAUUUACAACAUACUUAGACCUUCAGACGUGCCAUGUGUUUUCAUUACCAGAAGAUGUCCAGGCAACUCCCUUAGUUGCAAGUAACAAAGUCAGUCCUGAAAGUCAUGAAGAAAGUACCUCAGACAAAAAAGAUGACUGAAAGCAAAGAUUCUCGUGAGGAAAACUCAGUGGUUUUCACUUGAAAUUGUAAACACAUUUAUUGAUAGUGUUUUAAAAGUGCUUGGUGGGUAAUGUGAUGCUUCAAAUGGAAAGCUAUUUUUAAUAUAUAAAAAUGCUACAUUUUCUUA